AUGCGUAAUGUUUCUUAUAUUACAUGUGCAGAAGAUAUGCGUGGUCCUAUCGAAACAGUGAUACGAUCUGGAGCUGUACAUCGUCUCAUUCAGUUUCUUCUCGAUGAAAGUUUCCCUAAGCUUCAAUCAGUAAUCGAUGCAAAUUUGAUUCCAACCUUGGUCAAACUGACUCAGAAUGCUGAAUUUGACAUGAAGAAAGAAUCUGUAUGCGCAAUUUCAAAUGCGACCUUACUUGGUUCUCAUGAUCAAAUCAAAUACAUGGUGGAGCAGAGCUGCAUCAAACCUUUAUGUGAUAUCCUGUUUUGUCCAGAUGUAAAAACCAUCUUAAAGUGUCUGGAUGGAAUGGAAAACACAUUGAAGGUUGGAGAGGCUGAAAAGAACGCAGGAGACGACGUGAGCUGGUAUACUCGACUGAUCGAAGCGGAAGGGCUAGAUAAGAUUUUGAACCUGCAAAGACACGAAAACAUCGAGAUCUACGACAAGGCUUUGAAGAUUCUGCAGACUUACUGGCUUGAAGAGGAUGAUGAGGAUAUACAACAACCUCCAAGUUAA